AUGAAAAUUUGAGUAGUUCGAGCGGGCAGUGGGAUUUUCUUAUUUUCCCCAAAUUCUAGGGUUUCUAAUUUCGAUCAGCGUAAGAUUCAAUGGCACCCGCGAACGAAUCAGCUCCGGCGAGCUCGAGGUAUUCGAACCUCAAAAAAUCGUUUCAUCUCGGAGCUCGAUCUCUGCUCACCGCCUUCUCAAAGGAGGAUGUUGACAAAGUUUUUUCUACUUUUACCGAGGCGGAGAGAGAAAGGCUAUAUCGGAUGAUUAUUCAGGUCAUUAAAUCGUUGCAUGAGAAUAUAGAGGAUGAGUUUGAGUCUAUAUGUCAGGAAACACAGGUGGGUGCUGUUCUUGAUAAGAUAGAGCAGCUCAUAGAAGAGCAAAAUCUUGACAUUCUAUCUACAGAUAGGAAAAACAUCGACGAUGUGAAAGAGAAGAUAUCGAGAGCAAAGCUGGAUGAAGUCAAGUAUCUGACAAACCUGUUAGAAAAGGCUGAAGAGCAGAACAAUAUUAUGAGUGCCCGAAUCAGAUCCCUCAAAGAGAGGCAGCAGGAUCAAGCCGUAACUGCUGACGUUGUGGAGAAGUUCAAAAGCUGGACAUCAAGCUAUGGUGGAUGCCACUGAAGCUAAAACGUCUACCCUGUAAUUAAGUUCUUUUGGAAAUGUAAAAUUCAUACUCCAGAGAAGUUAUUGGAGUGGCACUAUAUCUCUUCAUAGAAGUCGCUUUUAAUGCAUC